GUUGCACAAAGAACAUCGGUAUGCUGAUGCGAAGCAUAGGCGGCGGAACGGGGGGCACCGGGGCACCGUGUUCCUCUUUGAUUUUGGCAUUUUAACAUUAGCCCUAUGGGCGUUGAAUGGAAAGAAUGGGACCAAAAGUCGGCAGUGCCCCCCCCCCCUUAAUUGAAGGUGUUCCGCCGCCACUGGAAGUAUUUCAUAAUUUUUUUAGAUACGUGCCAGUAGCUGCGUUUAAUUAUUGUACAUGCAAUUAGAGUAUCAAAUGAAAAAGACGCGAAACUCAUGUUUAUUGCAACAUCCCGUAGGCAAUUUAGUGAGUUUUGUUCGUGUGAUCACAACGUUCUUCCAUGUUUUCAGUUCGCCGUUCUGUCCGUGUUGGUGGCCGCUGCUGCUGCCAGCGGAGGAGGUGCCCAGAGCAGUGUCCACGUGUCAACCUUUUCUCCGUACUCCAGCAAUUCAUAUGGCUCCCACGUAAACCACGGACACUAUGUUCCUGGAGGCUACGGCGGCCACGGCCGGUACGUCGGCGGCUACGGCCAGAUCUACGCCCAGGGACAGGGUAUCGGACUCAGCCAGGGCGGUGGAUACGGCGGUGGAUACGGUGGAUACGGACAACAAGGAUACGGACACGGCGGACUCAGCGGAUACCAGUACGGAUACAGCGCCGACGUCGGAAACGGAUACGGACAGGGCGCCAUCGGAGGUGGUGGAAUCUACGGUGGAUACGGCGGAAUCCGCGGUGGAUAUAGCGGAAUCGGUGGAAUCCGCGGUGGAUACGGCGGAAUCGGUGGAAUCCGCGGUGGAUAUGGUGGAAUCCGCGGUGGAUACGGCGGAAUCGGUGGAAUCCGCGGUGGAAUCGGUGGAAGCCGCGGCGGAUACGGUGGAAUCGGUGGAAUCCGCCGCUUGGGGCAGAUCGGCGGUGGAAUCGGUGGAAUCUACGGCGGUUAUGGACAUUUCUAAAAGCUCUCGAUCGCCUCUUUGGAUGAUGUGCCGACAAGACGUGAGAUCUGAUUUCCGCUGUUCUUUCAGUCAUCCCAUGAAAGGUCUUAUUUGUUCCUAAAUGUGAAUGU